CCCCCUUCUCUCGAGUCACAGUCAGACACGAACAGACUGGUUGAGUGGCAACACACUACGAGAGGGGGAACAAAUCUGUGGAAUUGGAAUGAGCCCUAGCUUGCCUCCCUCUGAGCCUAGGAAGUGUGAAACGUGAGACAAGCUGCACCUAUUCUCUGUGAGUAGUUCUGAAAGCACAAGUGGGAAAUACAAUAUCUAGAACAUUGACUCCCUUCAAACACCUGGAGCUGUGACUGUCCUGAGAUCUCUCCCCUCACACGUACUCGCCAACGGACCGUGGAGGUGUGAGAAGAGCCGUGGCGAUAAGCAGCUGACGUGAAACAGGCGAAGAACAAGGAAAAAGAGAGUAAAAAGAGAGAGAGGGAUAGGAGAAGAAAAUGGAGGCCUUGCUUCCUGUGUUGCAGCGGCACCCUGGACUGUCUGUGUUGGUGUGCGCUCUGAUGUUCCGGGUGGCCCACCGACUACUACAGAACCUGCCUGUUCCCAAAGCGGUGGCGGUGGAUGACUUCCGCUCCUGGAAGUGGAGGAACCUCUCGGUCUCUAUGGUCCACUCCCUCCUGACAGGGACUUGGGCUGUGACCUGUGUUUUCAUCUGGCCUGAGAUGGCAACCAACAUUCACUCCUUCUACACGGCCCCAGCCUACAUACUCAUCUGCAUCUCAUCAGGAUACUUUGUUCAGGAUGCAGGUGACAUCAUCCUAACUGGACACGCAAGAGGAUCCUGGGAGUUCUUAAUUCAUCAUGUCCUGGUGCUCUGGUGCUUCCUGUAUUCUCUGUACUCGCACCUCUACGUGGCCGGUGCUGUGGUGGCUCUCUUUGUGGAGGUUAACAGUGUCACCCUGCAUUUGAGGCUAAUGCUGAAGCUAGCAUCACAGCAGUCGUCCCCUCUGUACCAAAUCAACAAGUUCCUCAACGUCUUCACAUAUGUCGUCUUCCGCCUCAGCGCACAGUUCUACCUCACGUAUUACAUCGUCCAGAACUACUCCUGGAUGGACAAAGGAGGCUACUUCCUCAUUACCAUGAUCCUCAUGAACACCAUGAUCCUGAUCUACUUUUAUCGUCUUCUCCGUGCCGACUUCUUCCCCCGGAGCAGGCCUAGCAUGGUGCUAAAUGGCACCCAUAACAACAACAUCAAAAAGUUCCUCACUGAAUGACACCGAGAGCGACAUGGCUGUAAACUGGCGGUUGUGUUUGCCUUUUGUUUUGUUCGCUUACUGAUAUCAUUCCUCAUCAAGACGUCUCAUCUGGUUGCAUUGUCAAGCUCUGUCUUCACAACAACAACCAUAACAGAGCUCUGUCUCUCAACAGCUCGUGUUGUAGUGAGAGGCAGCCAGGAAAGGAUGGGGACAGUGGUACAUUCCCUAUAGUGAUGCUUCUCUACUGAUGAUUAUGCCCACUGUGGCUGAAGAUCUCUCACGGACACCCAAACAGUGCAGCAUAGAGUUAGAGACUGGUCCAUUCACACUGGCUGGGAGAAUCCUACUAACUUACCUCCAGGAUACUGUGCCACUUUUGCUUCUGAUCAUGGCUAAUACAUUUAUUUAAAAUAUAAGAA